GUCUAACUAUUAUCUCCUCACCGACUCUCACUCCCAGUCACCAUACACAUCACCACCCCCACAAAAAGAAUGCCCAAAAAGACAUCCAACUCCAAGCAGCAGCAGCAGCCCCCCUCAUCCACCCCCAAAUCCCAUCUCCAACAAAAACACCAGCAGCAGCGGCAGCAACCCCCCAACUGGCCCCCUCUCCGCCCACUCAUCCCCUCCACCUCUCUGACCCUCGACCCUCUCGUCCCCGACCAAAUCUACCUCAUCCGGAACUUCUUCCCCUCGACACUCUGCAAAACCUACACUUCAUUCCUGGCCUCCCUGCCACUGACCACCACACCCGGCAAACCCAAGAAGGGCGAUGCAGUGCGAGUCAAUGAUCGGUUUCAGAUCCAGGAUGAGGGGUUCGCGGAGGGUCUUUGGUCGGGGACGGCGCUGAAGGAGAUGGUUUUGAAUGCGGGGAUUGAAGAUGUUGAUGAAGAAGAGGAAGCAGUGACAAGAGAUAUGAAAGAUAUCUGGGGCGGGGAACCUAUCGGCCUGAAUGGGAAUAUCCGUAUAUAUCGGUAUUCGAAGGGGCAGUUCUUCGAUAAACAUUAUGACGAUUCAAAUACUAUCACUUUCUCUUCGCCCGGUCGUCCGCCCCGUGCGGCCCGCACCACUUGGACGCUCCUUAUCUACUUGACGAGCUGUGAGGGAGGGGAAACCGUCUUCUAUCCGGAGGCGACCCGGUCUAAUCGCAAUCCGGAACCUGUGUCGGUGGCUCCGGUGCCGGGAAUGGCGCUGCUGCAUCGGCAUGGAGAUCGGUGUAUGUUGCAUGAGGGGAAGGAGGUGCGGGAGGGGGAGAAAUGGGUGUUGAGGAGUGAUUUGGUGGUUGCGCGAUGAUCUACAAAGUACUACUUGGG